AUGAGCGCGCGUCGCACGCCCGGCGCGCGCCACCGUCGCCUGCACGCGCUUCUUAUGCUGCCAUUAGUGAUAAGCAUCGCUCGAGCACAAAUCGAGCGUGUGUCGGCGGAAGAUCGCCUUGAAAAUGUGACACACACCGUGACACGGAUACUUGAUGGGUACGACAUCCGACUCAGACCCAACUUUGGCGGCGACCCUUUGUUUGUUGGAAUGGAUUUGACGAUUGCUAGUUUUGACGCGAUAUCUGAAGUUAACAUGGAUUACACGAUCACACUUUACUUAAACCAAUAUUGGAAGGACGAAAGACUUGCUUUCGGCUUCGCAGACGAGGUCCUGACAUUGUCAGGAGAUUUCGCGGAUAAGAUUUGGGUGCCUGACACGUUUUUCGCCAAUGAUAAAAAUAGCUUCCUGCACGACGUAACGGAACGCAACAAGCUGGUGAGACUUGGCGGCGACGGCAGCAUCACCUAUGGAAUGCGGUUCACCGCUACCCUGGCGUGCAUGAUGGAUUUGCAUUACUACCCACUCGAUAGCCAGAACUGCACCGUCGAGAUUGAGAGCUAUGGUUACACAGUAUCGGACGUGGUGAUGUAUUGGAAGGAGACGCCGGUGCGAGGAGUAGAAGACGCUGAACUGCCACAAUUUACUAUAUUAGGACACGAAACUAAUGAUAGAAAGGAGAAGUUGGCGACGGGAGUCUACCAAAGAUUAUCGCUCAGUUUUAAGUUACGUAGAAAUAUUGGCUAUUUCGUGUUUCAAACAUACUUGCCGAGUAUAUUAAUUGUGAUGCUGUCGUGGGUGUCUUUUUGGAUUAAUCACGAAGCCACGUCUGCUAGGGUUGCUUUAGGUAUAACAACGGUUUUGACGAUGACAACGAUCAGUACCGGUGUGAGGAGUAGUUUACCUCGCAUUUCGUACGUGAAGGCCAUCGACAUUUACCUCGUGAUGUGUUUUGUGUUCGUAUUUGCGGCACUGCUUGAGUAUGCCGCUGUGAAUUACACGUACUGGGGUGCAAGGGCGAGAAAGAGGGCGAAGUUAAAGAACCGCGACCAGAUGUCCACUAGUACUAGUGUGGAGAAAGACUUGAAAUGUUCGUCGGGUUCCCGAUCUCCUGAAGAAAUUAUAGCACUUCGAGAAUGUAGCAGUACUGGCAGGGUGUCGCCACUGCUGGGGUUACGAUCAAAACCUUUACCAAGCUCUGUCGGAGCUCCGCCAUCCUUGAGGCUUCAGCGAGAACAUACACAUCUGCGAUACAGGACAAGACCUCAUUCUAGAAAUUCAAGAAAUGGUUCUACGGCUAAACCUAAGAUGAUACACGCUCUUCGUCGAGGUGCUACGGUGAUCAAGGCAUCGAUGCCCAAAAUUAGAGACGUAAACGUAAUCGACACAUAUUCCCGUGUCAUAUUUCCUGUCUGUUUCCUCCUUUUUAAUGCAGUGUACUGGGUAUUUUAUAUAUUCGACUGAAGACCAUUUGUCAAUCAUAUAAUGGUUAUUAAAAAAUGUUUGCUUAAAGCGCAGAGGAAUAGAUCCCAUAUUUUAAGGGCAUAAAGACUUCAUUCUAAAGGCAAUAAGAAUUUACGAAUCAUUAAAGUAAUUAUAAUAAAGCUAUACUUUAUUCACCAAUAAGAGUGAUUAGUGAUGAAUAUUAAUUUCCUUAAAGUGUUCAUCGGGUGAAUGAACACCUCCUGUGAAUCGAGCUAUGCCUACGAAUAUUUUUGUAUAUUUAAAUGUGAAUCGUAAUCUAAUAAAGUAUGAUUGAAAAUAGUGAGAAUUUGGCGAACAAAACUGGGCGAAAGUUCCCGUUAUUAAUUUUUUUGUAGACUUAUAUAUAAGAGUAAGUAAUUCAUACAGCAUAUCGAAUGUCUACAAAUUGUAAAGGCACAAUUUGAACAAGAGAAACUCGAAGGGACGGAUGCUUUCUAUAUAUUAUUACAUCCCUGUACAUUAAGUAUGAUAAUUAUUAACGAUUUCAACUUCGAUACAUCAAUUAAUUAAUAAAAUCUUUAACUAAUAGCGUUAAAAAAUUAUAGAAAUAAACUACUUCUUGUCUGUGGUGCGAUACUCUUAAGUAAUAAUUGGAGCAAUUAUCAAUAAGAGCACCAUUAUCAGCACUUAUAUUAUAAUUCGAGAAAUGUUCUUAGGUUAUCUCUAUUCAUUAUACCUAUAUGUAAACUAGAUGUUCAAACUCGUUGUAAAUAAUAAAUACCUAAUAGAAUGAACGUCGUAAGUAAAGACGCAAUAGUAGCAAAUUGAUGUUUAUAAUUAAUAGAAAAAUGAUUGCAAGCCAAUAGCAUAAC